GCGGUAUAGCACUAUACACACUUCAGCCAUAUUCAAGUUAGCCAUUUCCUCUGACUGACUGCGCACAGAAACAUGCAGAUCUUUUACCUGACAACUAUGUUUCUUAUAAUGGCUGUUCUCUGCAGUCAGCUAAUUUCUCUAUCAGCAGUGUCUGUUAUUUACUCACGUGAACCAGUAACAAAGACUGAGGGUCUUUCGUUGUCUCUAAAGUGCACAGUGAAGUAUAGGAUAGAGGAUUGUGACUUUGAGACCAAUUGGUGGAAAUGGAACAGAGAUGAGCCUUUGCAAAUCACGGAUCCCAACAAAUAUCUGAUCACAGUAAAUGAAACAGAAACAGAUGAGCACAGGCUAAGGGACAUUUUCCUGAGAUUCAGUUCCUUGAAUCUUCAAGACAGUGGUCGCUACCAAUGUGAUGCCAAAUGCCUCAACAGUGGGACUGCAGCAAAAGGCCAUCUCUUGGUCCUCAAUGUCACAGCUGAUCCAUACAAAGAUCUGAAGGUCUCAACAUGGAGCGGCCAGUUAAAGGCAGACGCAGCUGUGCUAGCACUCAGCACCACAUUAUUAUUAACAUGGUGUUAUUAAAUUACAUUGUGUUUUCAGUAUGGAGCAAGACAAGGUAUAAACAUAUGAAAUUCACUUUUGUUAAUCUGCUAAUGUGACCAACUGUAAUUUUCUUUUAUUCUAGACUUGGUCUUGGAUAAAAAAAAUAGUUCAUUCAAAAAUUAAAAUUCUGUCAUCAUUUAUUCACCCACAUGUCGUUCCAAACCUGUAUGAGUUGCUUUCUUGUUGUCUUAUGUUGUUGAACAUAAAAGAAGGUAUUUUGAAGAUUGCUGGAAUUUUAAAGGGGUCAUAUGAUGUUUUUUUAAAGAUCAUUAUUUUGUGUAACAGAAUAUUUUGACAUGCUUAAAUGUAAAAAAAAAACAUUAUUUGUCAAAUACCGUACAUUAUUGUAGGUCCUCUAUGCCCCGCCUCUCUCAAACGCUCUCCCUCCUUCCGACAAGCACUGCUCUGAUUGGCCAUCUGACCCAGUGUGAUGUGAUUGUCUGAACACCGCAAGCACUUGUCGUAAUGUAAAAUGUAAUGCCCCUUUCCAUAAUCGUGAGCUUCAUCAGUUCAAGCCUGAAAGGGGAACACAGUCGAGUGACAGACAGUGAUGAAACUCCUUUUGUUUGCUGUACACAAGCCAAAGCCAGUUAAGACAGCUGACUCCACUGUGUGACCCUGUCACUCACUCUCUCU